GGUGACCUUGGAAGCGGGGAGGCGGGAACCGGAAGCGGAAGCUGCAGUCAGCCGGAAGCAGAAGAGGGCGAAGGCUUGAUAGCGAAGACGUAGGUGAAGAAGUGGUCGCUGUUCUUGCCGUCGCCAUGCCGAGAGGGAGCCGCAGCCGAACGUCCCGGAUGUCGCCGCCCGCCAGCCGGGUGCCUUCGAUGCGGUCUGCGCCCCCGCCCGCAGCUGCCCGUGCCCCCGUCCCAGCGCCCGCCCCGGCCUCUGCAGUAGCUUCACCUGCCCCCAGGCAGCCUGGUCUGAUGGCCCAGAUGGCCACCACGGCUGCUGGUGUGGCUGUGGGCUCGGCUGUGGGCCAUACACUCGGGCACGCCAUGACUGGAGGAUUUGGAGGCGGGGGCUCUGAAGCGGCAAGGCCCGAUGUCACUUAUCAGGAGCCUCAGACAGCCCAGCCUGCGAUGCAGCAGUCUCAGUACACCCCUUGCCAGUACGAGAUGAAGCAAUUCUUGGAGUGCGCCCAGAACCAGGCCGACUUGAAACUGUGCGAAGGCUUCAGCGAGGUCCUGAAGCAGUGCCGGUUUGCAAACGGUUUAGCUUAACUCUGCUCCACAGGAUGAAUCUCCUCCCCGUGGCUGAGAGAGGAUUCACUAGUAAAGGUUAUCUUAACAGUCUAAAUAGUAUCUCUCUGUUCAUUUAUGGCCACUUGACCAUCCCACGAGAAAGCACGGAGACUUGGCUACCACCAACAGGAUUGUAGCGGCAUAAAUGGGCAUCUAUUUAUGGGUGUGGGGUGGGCAUGGGGCUUGUGGAUCAUACCCCCUGUGCUGUCCAUCCCUGCUUUUAUGCCUGUUGGCCAUGUGCUGAUGUGAUCUUGAAAUAAAAGUUGAGUGCUCUCUUGAAA